ACGACCUUAACCACAUUCAUUCAUAUUCAUUCAUAGUUAUAAAUAAUUUCAAAUCAAUCAGAAGGUGUCGGUUUUGAAAAGAUUAAACAAUCUUUUUCUCUUCUCUUCCUUCUCCUUCCAUGGCAUCUCAGGCUAGCCUUCUCCUUCAAAAGCAGCUCAAAGAUCUUUGCAAAAACCCCGUCGACGGCUUCUCCGCCGGUUUGGUCGACGAAAGCAACAUUUUUGAAUGGAGUGUCACCAUAAUUGGACCACCUGAUACUCUAUACGAGGGAGGCUUUUUUAAUGCUAUUAUGAGUUUUCCAUCCAAUUACCCAAAUAGUCCACCGUCAGUGAAGUUCACCUCAGAGAUAUGGCAUCCCAAUGUAUAUCCUGAUGGCCGGGUUUGCAUAUCGAUUCUUCAUCCUCCUGGUGAGGAUCCAAAUGGUUAUGAGCUUGCAAGUGAACGAUGGACACCUGUUCAUACAGUAGAGAGUAUAGUCUUGAGUAUCAUAUCAAUGCUUUCCAGCCCAAAUGAUGAAUCUCCUGCAAAUGUUGAAGCCGCAAAGGAGUGGAGAGAUAGGAGAGAUGAUUUCAAGAAAAAGGUGAGCCGAUGUGUAAGGAAGUCACAAGAAAUGCUGUGAUUUGUGGGCGACCCCUCAUACUGCUUUUUGUGAACUGGAGGACAUAUAAUGUGUAAUGGAUUGGUUCACCUGUUACUGUUGCUGCGUAUAAAAAUGGCAUUGGAACUUGUCCACAUUCCUCCUUUCUUCAGUCCCCAUGUCUGUGCAUGGCCAUUUGUCCUAACUUGGAAAACAAACUGUAUUCUAAGUGCUUUGGCCGGUCUUUUGACUUCAUUGGAAAUUUACUUUGUUCAUUUGCAGAAGCUUAUAUUUGGAUUUCAAAUCUAAAAAAGGGUUUAUAUUUCAGUUUA